AUGGCGUUGCCGAAGAGAAUCAUCAAGGAAACUGAGCGCCUGAUGGCGGAGCCGGUUCCCGGCAUCAACGCUGUCCCGCAUGAAGACAACUUGCGCUACUUCGAUGUCUCGAUCCACGGACCUGCACAGUCGCCGUACGAAGGUGGCAUCUUCCGUCUCGAACUGUUUUUGCCCGAGGACUACCCCAUGACUCCCCCGAAGAUCCGCUUCUUGACGAAGAUCUACCACCCCAACAUCGACCGGCUGGGACGGAUCUGCUUGGACGUGCUCAAGAACAACUGGUCCCCCGCUUUACAAAUCCGCACGAUCCUACUCUCAAUCCAGGCCUUGCUGGGUGCCCCGAACCCCGACGACCCGCUCGCCAACGACGUCGCCCAACGCUGGAAGGAGGAUGAGCCGGCUGCCAUACAGACCGCGAAAGAGUGGACUAGAACCCACGCCAUGACUUAG